CUCCCCCGUUGCUCGUCUCCAACCCUGAGCUCUCGACCAUCUUGAUUUUGUUGGGUGGCUCGUAGACCUUCGGACUGGACGCAGGGAGAGGGGUACAGCCACGCUCGAUUCGGUCAGGAGUACUGUCAGGCGGCCCCUGACUCAAGUCUUAAGUGGGGGGCCGAGGGCGCAGCUGGCCCGCUUCCCGAGGCCUUGGCCCAACGUACACGUGCACUCCUGCCGGCCGGCAAGGGAGCGGGCAGUUUGUGGGAGUGCGGCAGACCUGGUCCUGGGCUUUCCUGAGCCGGCUGUUGGUCAAGUAAAAGUGUGGGACGGCCUUGGCAGCGGCGGUGCGGGCCUCCACUUAGCUUCCUGGAGGCGGGAUCUCGCGCCCGGAAGGCGGAGGGGUUGAGGGGAUGAGGUGAGACCACUUAACGACCUGAAAAGCCCCGACAGGCGUUCCGCCUGACGGAACGAGGGGGCUCUGCAAAGGUAACAAGGCGUUUUGGGGGACGGAGCCAACGCAAGCUUGAGGUCGAGUUGGGGAGACAGCGUGGGAAGGAACGGGGAGCCGCGUGUUCUAGGGGGUUGAAGGGCUGGGGAGGAACAACAUUCUGACCCGGUUGCGAGCUAACACGCCCCUCCCCCGCCCGCCGAAAAGAAAGGAAAAACAAGGUGCGGAAGGCUGUUGGCAAACUGGCGAGUGAGGAGGGCGGGCGAGGAAGGGAGGAUUCUGUCCAAGCCAAUGGGUGACGCCAGGGCGGGUGACGUCACGGCCAAUGGGCAGGCAGCGCGGGACUUUCAAGUCUUGUCUCGCCCAAUCGGAGACAGUCGGUGCCUAUAAAAAGUGGGGCGGCGGGCGGAGGGGGCGUUAGUGUGGCUGCGGCGGCGCGGUUGAGGUGGUGACUUGGUUGGUAUGGCUCGCACGAAGCAGACGGCCCGCAAGUCGACCGGUGGCAAGGCCCCGCGCAAGCAGCUGGCCACCAAGGCGGCCCGCAAGAGCGCGCCGGCCACGGGCGGCGUGAAGAAGCCGCACCGCUACCGGCCGGGCACCGUGGCCCUGCGGGAGAUCCGGCGCUACCAGAAGUCCACCGAGCUGCUGAUCCGCAAGCUGCCGUUCCAGCGGCUGGUCCGCGAGAUCGCGCAGGACUUCAAGACGGACCUGCGCUUCCAGAGCUCGGCGGUCAUGGCGCUGCAGGAGGCGAGCGAGGCCUACCUGGUGGGGCUGUUCGAGGACACGAACCUGUGCGCCAUCCACGCCAAGCGCGUCACCAUCAUGCCCAAGGACAUCCAGCUGGCGCGCCGCAUCCGCGGGGAGCGGGAUAAGUCCUAUCUUCUAUCUCUAAGACGUAAUUGGGGUCGCAGGGACAGGCUGGAACGUGACUGCGGUGACUGCGUCCCAGAUGACGUUCUCCAAGAACACCUUCAGCACACCCCGAGUCUCCUCGUAGAUGAGGCCGGAGAUCCGCUUGACGCCUCCACGCCGGGCAAGGCGCCGAAUCGCCGGUUUGCGACUGCAGCUCGCAAACACGACUUUUGGAAAGAAAACAUCAUGGCUCGCACGAAGCAGACCGCCCGCAAGUCGACCGGCGGCAAGGCCCCGCGCAAGCAGCUGGCCACCAAGGCGGCCCGCAAGAGCGCGCCGGCCACGGGCGGCGUGAAGAAGCCGCACCGCUACCGGCCGGGCACCGUGGCCUUGCGGGAGAUCCGGCGCUACCAGAAGUCCACCGAACUGCUGAUCCGCAAGCUACCGUUCCAGCGGCUGGUGCGCGAGAUCGCGCAGGACUUCAAGACGGACCUGCGCUUCCAGAGCUCGGCGGUCAUGGCGCUGCAGGAGGCGAGCGAGGCCUACCUGGUGGGGCUGUUCGAGGACACGAACCUGUGCGCCAUCCACGCCAAGCGCGUCACCAUCAUGCCCAAGGACAUCCAGCUGGCGCGCCGCAUCCGCGGGGAGCGGGCUUGAGUGAGCGCUCGGCUUGAGGUUCCAUCCUAUUCAAAGGCUCUUUUCAGAGCCACCCAAGUUUUCAUGAAGAGCAGCUGUGCAGUUUUUCGCC